AUGGACUUCCAGCAGCAGCAGCAGCAGCAACAGCAGCAGCAGCAAAAAAACAAACACUCAGUGCAGCAGCAGCAGCAGCAGCAGCAGCAGCAGCAGCAGCAGCAGCAGCAGCUGCAGCAGCAGCAGCAGCAGCAGCAGCAGCAGCAGCAGCAGCAGCAGCAGCAGCAGCGGCAGCAGCAGCAGCAGCAGCAGCAGCAGCAGCGGGGGAGGGGGGAGGCGGGGGGGCGGCGCAGCAGCAGCUUCGAGAGCAGCAGCAGGGCGGCGGCGGAAGCUGCUGCUGCUGCUGCUGCUGCAGCAGCAGCAGCAGCAGAGGAGAAGCGGAUUCUCGAAGUUGCUGCUGGGGGCCGCGGGCUGGGCUUUGAGUGGAGGGCGGACGGGUCUGCUGCUGCUGCGGGGGCAGCAGCAGCAGCAGCAACUGCAGCAGCAGCAGAACGCGCAGCAGCAGCAGCAGCAGCAGCAGCAGCAGACGCAGCCACCUGCUACGGCCACAAGUGCGAGCUGCCGCCUGCUGUUGCUGCCAGCGUCCGCAUUGGAGUGCAGGGAAUGUUUGCUGCUGAGUUGACUGCAGCACAAGAAGCAGCAGCAGCAGCAGCAGCAGCAGGAGACGGCGCCUCCGGUGCUGCUGCUGCUGCUGCUGCUGUCGACGCUGCUCUCGAGCACCUCGUCGAGGCGCCCCCCGCUCCGCCCUGGGCGGAAGCAGCAGCAGCAGCAGAGCAGCAGCAGCAGCAGCAGCAGCAGCAGCAGCAGCAGCACGGCCGCUGGGGGCCCCUCUUCGCGCUGCGCCGCAAGAAGCCUUUUGCUGCUGCUGUUGAGGGCUCCGCAGUCUCUCUUUGCUGGGAGCCUCCGCAGCUUUCUGCUGCUGCUGCUGCUGCUGCUGCUGCUGCUGCUGCUGCUGCUGCUGCUGCUGACGGCUCGCCGCUGUCCGCAGCGCCGACCGCAGCGCCGCCGCCCGCCGCAGCCGCUGCUGCUGCUGCUGCUGCUGCUGCUGCUGCUGCUGCUGCAGCGGGGCCCCGGCCUUUGCUGCAGCUGGCAGCAGCAAAACGAGAAGCAACUUUUCCCUCAGUUUUAUUUUUAGUUUGCGAUGGCCAUGACACUCACGAAGCUGCUGCUUUCGUCUCCAAGGCGCUGCCGCUGCUGGCCUUCAAGCGGCUGCCGCAGCAGCUGCUGCUGCUGCAGCAGCAGCAAAUCCACACAGCAGCAAGGACUCUCUUCGCAGACUUGGACGCCCUCAUGAGGCGACGUGCUGCUGUCCUCAGCCGGACUUAUCCGGAAGCAGCAGGAAGCGGCAGCUGCCUCAUUGCUGCUCUGCUGCAGGGCCCCCAUUUGUUUACUUUUAAUUUGGGCGACUGCGGCGCCGCUUUUAUUUCUUUUGACAUUCGAGCUGCUGCAGCUCGCAACCUCAGCAGCAAACAGAAGAACCGCCCUGCUGCUGCUGCUGCUGCUGCUGCUCCUGCUGCUGCUGCGGAGUCUGCAGCAACGCCUGCAGCCCACAGCGCUGCUGCUGCUGCUGCUGCUGCUGCUGCUGCGCCUCUGGGGGGCGCUGCGUCGGAGGGCGACUUGCAGCGGAUCCAGGAGCAGCAGCAGCACGAGCAGCAGCAGCAGCAGCAGGAAGAGACUGCAGCAGCAGCAGCAGCAGCAGGAACAAUAGGGGUUUGGGACUACAGAGAAUUCGCCUUUAAGCCUCUAGCAGGCGGGCAAAGCAACCCGGGAGCAGCAGGAACACUUUCGGAUUUGCUGCUGCAGCAGCAGCAGCCUCCAGCAGCAGAGUGCCCCUGCAACAUCAGCAGCAGCAGCAGCAGCAGCAGGAACCCGCUGGGGAAGUUGGGGUGUUGCUGCAGCAGCAGCAGCAUCAGCAACAGCAGCACAAUGCCGGUCAGCCGCUCCGCGCCUGCGCUGCAGCAGCAGCAGCAGCAGCAACUGCUGCUGCAGCAGCAGCAGCGCCGCAACAACCACGGCAGCCGCAGCAGCAGCAGCAGCAACCUGAAGCGGGAGCACUCCUUCUUUGGCCUAGACGCCUUAGAAACAGCAGCGCCCCCCAGCCGCUGGCUGCAAGCCCCCUCGCAGCAGCAGCAGCAGCAGCAGCAGCAGCCGCAGCAGCAGCAGCAGCAGCUGCUGCUGCAGCCGCAGCAGCAGCAGCAGCAGGUGCCGCGGCUGGGGCUUGCUGCUGCUGGGGGCCGCGGGAGCGCCUCCGAGCUGCUGUCGGGGAUCAGCAGCAGCAGCAGCAUCAGCAGCAUCCACAGCAGCAGCAGACUUUCGCUGCGGCUGAUUCCGAGCUGCAGCAAACUGUCUCAUUCCGACAGCACUUCUUCUGUGGGGACUUACAGCAGCAGCAGCAGCAGCAGCAGCUGCUGCAGCGGCAGCAGCAUCAACUUCCAGUGGCUCUCCAGGCAGCUGCGCUGCGGCUGCCCCUCCGAAGACAAACGCAUCCGUGCUCUCGGGGUGAGCAUUGUGGGGAACAAGAUGGCGGGGCAGCUGGAGCCCACGAGGUCCAUUGGAGACUUUGAUGUUAAAGAUCGUUUGCCUCCUCGAGCUUUGUCAAUAGAACCUGAGAUUGGAAUUUAUUCCAUUUCUUCGCUCUUUGCUGCUGCUGCUGCUCCUGCUGCUGCUGCUGCUGCUCCUGCUGCUGCUGCUGCGGGGCCUGCAGCCGCGGCGGGUGCCGCAGCAGGCGCUGCUGCUGCAGCUCCUCCCGGCGCCGCUGCAGCGGGAGCCCCUGCAGCAGCAGCAGCAGCAGCGCCUGCUGCAGCAGCAGCAGCAGCAGCAGCAGCAGCGCCUGCGGGCUCUCCCAACUGCGGGCUGCUGCUGCUGGCCACUGACGGAGUUUGGGAUUUUGUGCAGCCGCAAGAAAUAUUAAAAUGUCUGCAGCAAAUAAAACCCUUGUGGCGGGCGCUGGAGGCAGCAGCAAAGCGGGAGACGGAGCUGCUGCUGCAGCAGCAAAAGGCGCAGCAGCAGCAGCAGCUCGUCAUGCAGCAGCAGCAGCAGCAGCUCCUGAUGCAGCAGCAGCAGCAGCAGCAGCAGCAGCAGCAGCAGCCGCAGCUGCAGCAGCUGCCAGCAGCAAGCAUUGGACGCAGAGUCGCGAGUGCUGGAGACUUCACUUCAUUCCUUCGCUCCUCGCUGGGCAGCAGCAGCAGCAACAACAGGCUGCUGCAGCCUCCCCCGCAGCAGCAGCAGCAGCAGCAGCAAGCGCAGCAGCAGCAGGCGCAGCAGCCGCCAGUGCUGCAGCAGCAGCAGCAGCCAGUGCAGCAGCAGCAGCAGCAGCAGCAGCAGCAAUCCAUUCCUUCUGGACUGAAACGCAUUACGAGCUGGAGGCGGCUGCUGCCGUCGCAGAGCCACGGGUCGCAGCUGAGCAGCAGCAGCAGCAGCAGCAACCUGAGCAGCAGCAGCCCGAGCGCAGCAGCAGCAACACUGACACAGCUCUGCAGCACAAUUGUUAAAAAAGCAAGAAAGAAUGGAUCAACAGAUGACUGCAGCUGCAUUGCUGCUUUUAUUUAUGCUGUGGGGAGCGAGGAAGCAGCAGCAGCAACAGCAGCAGCAACAGCAGCAGCAGCAAACGCUGCGGCUGCGGAGGUGACUGCUGCGGCCGCAGCAGCAAACGCUGCAGCAGCAGCAGCAGCAGCAGCAAGGCCCGGAAGAGCUCGCGGGGAUAAUGAGCCCCUCUGGCAGCCAGAAGAGGCGUGA